GCCGGGCAGCCAUGGAGGGGCAGCGGCCGUGCGCCUUCCCGCUGCUGGUGCGGGGGGACUGGGGCCCCGCCGAGCCGCCCCCCGCCCUCAGGAAGAAGCUGCUCUGCUACUUCCAGAGCCAGAAGCGCUCGGGCGGCGGCGAGUGCGAGCUGCGGACCGGCACCGGGACCGGGACCGGGCACAUCAUCGUCUGCUUCGCCCGCCCCGAGGUCAAGCAACGAGUUCUUGAGAGGCAGUCUCAUCAGUUGCAUUUGGAAGGAGAAGAAAAUUUGAGGUUGAUUGUCACAGAGCCUGAAACAGCGCUAGCUACUAAAGAUGAGAGAUUGGAAGAAAAAUCAGUUCCCACAAAGGCUUUGGAUGCCAUGAGCAGCCUACAAACAAAAGAUGAUACAAAAACCUUGAAGAAAGCAGAGAGUUUUGUUCCAAACAGUGAACUCCAGGAGGAGGUUGACUCUCCAGAGGCCUCACCUUCAGUGGUAUUUGAGAACAUAGAGAGAUGCGGUCCAAAACUCUUACAAAUGCUGUUGGAGAACAUCAGUGGCCUGGAUGUAGAUGCUGACUUUACUGUUGAACUGAUACCUGAAAUAAAUGUUGCUGUAGCUACCUUUAUAAAAAGUAUUGAUACUGAGGAAUUUGUCAAAAAAUGUUCAGAACACAAGAGAGUCAGAGAAUUCAAAAUGACUGUCAGGCUUCUUGAAUGGACACAGACCAUCAAGGCUGAAAACCUGCCAGACAGCAUUUCCACAGACUACCUCACAGUGUACUUUGAGAACGCCCGGAACGGAGGGGGGCCCGUGUCAGAUGUCCAGCUCUUCCCCGAGGAGAACUCAGCCAUCAUUACUUUCUGUGACCACAAAGAUCUAACCAUGGUCUUGGAAAAGCAACAUUUACUGGAUGAGACGUUGAUUUCUGUGCAUCCAUAUUACCACUCCCUGGGAACAGCUCUCUAUGGAGAAGAAAGACCAGCUGUCAAGAUGCCAGACCCCAUUGGGGUGCCACUAGACCCCUAUGUAUGGCAGUUUUUACAAAGGCAUGCCAAUCUGACCCAAGACAUAAACCAGGAAAUGGCAGUUUGCCAUUCUGAGCUCAAAUGGCCCCAGGCAGACUGUGCAAACCCAGAAGUUAUGUUGUGCCCAUCACCAUCUCUCUGCAAGCAGAAAAAGCCAAUGGUUAAGUUGCUGAAGACAUGGCACCAAGAUGCUUCCACCGAGUUCUCACGUAUCAUGGCACGUUACAUAGCUAUAAAAUGUGAAGUCAAUUCAUCAGGUUGGGAAGAUGUGAAAAAAAGGUUGUUGCAAGAUGAUGCUCUGAUCAUAACUGAUGUUUCUGAGGAGAUGGUGGUGAUUGCAGGCAACAGAGCAGCAGUGGACAGUGCAGAGAAAGAAGUGAGGGAAUGCAUGAAGCAAAGUGAAAGGGAAAAACAGAGCAUAGAAAUUUCUGUGCCAGUGAUCCCAGGGAAGUAUGCUGUGCUGUGCAAUGCUGGGUUAGAAGAGAAUAUUCAGAAGGAAUAUCCAUGCCUAAAGAUCUUUUAUGAUGACAAAAAAAAGACUGUUCAGUUGUGUGGAUUGCCUUCAGAAGUAUAUAAAAUCAAAGCUGACUUACUGGAAAAGGUAAUGAGUAUGCCAUGUACAUCAGUUACCAUUGAUCCCCACGUCUUCCAAUAUCUACGGUGUGUAGAUAAUAAAAAAACAUCAGAUAUGUUAUUCAUUAGGGAAAAAAUUAACACUUUUUAUGAACUUCAGGAUGAUACUGUGUUGCUAUAUGGAGAUGCUCCCAAAGAUCUUCAAGAAGCAGAAAAGCGAAUAAAAACAGGUUUAGAAUACAAGUGCAUCAAUGUGGGGGAUGGUGAAGUCAUUAAAAAGGAUCUGUGGAAGAGUCUUCUUCUCUCCUUGCUCGAGACGUAUAAUUCUUCCCAGGAAAUGGUUAUCACUUGGCAGUCUGCUGGAAAAGAAAAUAAAAUGAUCAUUGCUGGCUUUUCUAAGGCUGUAAGAAAGGUUUAUCAGAGACUUAAUGAUUUUGUAGACAGAAACACAGUCAUUGAAAAAGUAAUCUCAGCUACUUCAGUGGUGAAUGUGCAGUUUGUAGAGAAUGAGAAGUCUGGUGUUUGUGAAGAAUUGAAGAAGAAAGGUGUGACAGUGCAUUUUGACACCAAGACACCAUGCAUUUCUCUGAGGGGACCAAGAGCAGAAGUCCCAGAAGCAUUCAUCAUGUUUGAAAAAAUUGUCUCAUCCCUUUACUCAAAAGAUGUGCCAAUUGAUAAACCAGGGGCAAAGGAGUUCUUCAUGGAGAGGAAAGAUUUCUGUAUUUCAGAAGCAAAACAGAAAUUUGGCUGUUUCAUUGAGAUUAAGGAAGAAAAAGAACAACAACAGAAGGUUGGAAAGGUUAGUGAUAAAGUGAAAAGAAAGGUCUACUAUGAAAAAACCCUGCCAGGUGGAAUUGUGGUAGGAGUGUAUAAAAGUAACUUGUGUGACUACCCUGUUGAUGUUGUGGUGAAUGCAUGUAAUGGAGACCUGAGACACAUUGGUGGCCUUGCUGAAGCCCUGUCAGGAGCAGCUGGCCCAGCACUGCAGCAGGAGUGUGAUGAGCUGGUGAGGAAGCACGGGAAUCUGCAGCCCGGCUGCGCAGUGAUCACGGGCGCCGGGAACCUGCCCUGCAAGAACGUCAUUCACGCUGUUGGGCCCAGGUGGAACGAGAAGGAAUCACAGACGUGCACGUGCUUGCUCAAACAGACAGUGAGGAAAUGUCUUCAACUAGCUGAUAUAUACAACCAUUGUUCCAUAGCUCUGCCUGCUAUAAGUGGAGGGAUUUUUGGCUUUCCACCCCAGAUGUGUGCGGAUUCAAUUGUGACCUCUAUCAAGGAGACCUUGGAAGAAUUCAUGGAGGGCAGCAGCUUGAAGGAGGUCCAUCUUGUGAGUAAUUCAGAAGAAAUCGUUCAGGUUCUGAGUGACACAGUGAAAAAAGUAUUUUCAGCUAAAUCAUCCUCUGCAAGAUGGCUGAUGGCGAAAAAAGGCCAGAAAGAGAAAAGUAAAGGGGAUCUGAAGAUGGUUACAACGAAAGAAGGACUUUGCAUCCGAGUGGAGAAGAAAAAUGUUCAGGAAGCUGUGACGGAUGUUGUCGUCAACAGUGUCGGCACAGAUCUGAAGUUUGGUGUGGGGCCUCUUUGCAAUGCCUUGCUGGGAAGAGCUGGACCAGGUCUCCAAGAUGAGUUUGACACCACAGUAAAAAGUCAGGUUGCUGGUCCUGGCACGGUGCUCUGCACCAGCGCAUGUGCUAUGGCCUGCAAGUUCAUGUUUCAUGCCAUACUACCCGUGUGGGAUGGAGGACAGACAGAGAAGGUCCUAGAAGAUAUAAUCAAUUUGUGCUUGAAGAAAACGGAAGAACUUGGACUGAAAUCGAUCACUUUCCCAGCUAUUGGGACUGGAGGAUUUGGAUUUCCUAAAACCAUAGUUUCUAAGUUAAUGUUUGAUGUGGCAUUCAGGUUCAGUAGUAGCCAAGCUUGGAAGAACCUCCAAGAAGUUCAUUUUCUCUUGAGUCCAAAAGAUAUUGAUAGCAUUCAGGCUUUUACCACUGAACUAAAACUUAGGGCAGAUGAAAGUUGCAAUGCUGCAGCAGCACAGCCAGGUUUCAUUAGGCCUGUUUCUUCUGAACUAUUGGGAGUUCAUGAAAUGAAGAUUGGUUCCAUCACACUCCAAGUAAUUAGCGGAGAUAUUACCAAGCAAGAUACAGAGGUUAUUGUAAACAUAUCAAAUCAAACAUUUGAUGCCAAAACAGGGGUCUUCAAAGCAAUUAUGGAUGCUGCUGGUUCCCAGGUAGCAGACGAAUGUGCUCAACAUGCUGGGCAGAAUCAAAGUGGCUUUGUUACUACACAAGGUGGGAACCUGUUGUGCAGUAAAAUCAUCCAUUUGAUUUCUGAUAACCAGGUGAAGAGUCAGGUUUCCAAAGUGCUUCAUGAGUGUGAACGAAGGAUGUACAAAUCUGUUGCCUUCCCAGCUAUUGGAACAGGUCAAGCAGGACUGAGUUCAGCCAAGGUAGCUGAUGAAAUGCUGGAUGCUAUAGUAGAAUUUGCAAGACAGAAAUCAGUACAGCAUUUACAGACAAUUAAGAUCGUGAUCUUCCAGACAAAUAUGCUCAGAGACUUUUAUGAAAGCAUGAAGAAAAGAGAAGAUUCAGAUUCAUCCACAACGGAAUCAUGGUUCUCUAUGCUUAAAUCCUUUUUUUGGGGCAGAAAACAAUCUUCUGAGAAGAAAAAGGUCCUGAAUUUGGAGAAGAAAGUUAAUUUAGUCACAUUUCAAAUUUGUGGAGAAAGCCAAAAAAAGGUGGAUGAAACUGAGUCCUGGAUAAAGGAUUUAAUUUUAAAGGAACAGUUUGAAAACACUAUUUCACAUGAGGUAAUUGAAAGUUUUGAUGAGACACAAAUUGCCAUUUUGGAAGAUCUCCAGAGAAGAAUGCAAGUCACUGUGCAGUUUAAAAAUAACCUUUCUCCCCCUCAAAUUAAAAUUUCUGGUAUUAGUAGGGAUGUCUGUUCCGUUUCUCAAAAAGUUCAAGAAAUGAUCCAACAAAUUAAGUCUUGUGAAGAAGAGCAAUCCAAGGCAGAACUUCUUUUUAACCUGGUAGAAUGGAGGUAUCCAGGAAGCAACGAUAGCUUUGUUUCUUUUGAUAAACUGACAAAUAUGCAGCUGGAGCAUGCCAAAAUAUCUAAAAAACUACAUCUGAAUGUCAAAAUUGAAAACAAGAACUACAGGGUGGAUCUGAAUACUCUAAAGGCUACUGAUGACCAAGGAAAUACUAUAAACCUUCAACGUGUGAGAAAGGAUGAAGAUAUGCAGUCCAUAGAGCUCCCUAAGGAGUGGACAGACAUGCAAAAUGAACAGGUCAAAGUGGUGGAGCUCAAGCCAUCACAUCCUGAAUAUAAAAGAGUUGAGAAGAUGUUUAAGACAACAUGUGCUAACUUCACCAUAGAGAAGAUUGAAAGAAUACAAAGUCGCAUCCUCUGGCAGACAUACCAAUUAAAAAAAAAAUCUAUCUGUGAGAAGAACAAAAAUCAAAAUAAUGAGAAGUUGCUAUUUCAUGGGACAGCUGCAUCCUCAUUGAGGUUGAUUAAUUCCUAUGGAUUUAAUCGUGGGUUUGCUGGAAAGAAUGCUGCAGCCAUUGGAAAUGGAACCUACUUUGCUGUUGAAGCACGUUACUCUGCUCGGGAUACUUACUCUGUUCCAGAUGUGAAUGGCAAAAAACACAUGUACUUGGCUCAGGUCCUUACUGGGAAGUACUGUGCUGGGAGAAGAGGAAUAAAUGCUCCACCACCAAGGAGCCAAGCAGAUCCUACUGACCUGUACGACAGUGUGGUUGAUAAUGAGUCAAAUCCAACCAUGUUUGUCAUAUUUAAUGACAUUCAGGCGUAUCCACAAUACCUUAUUACUUUCAAAUAAUAGAAUGAUCUUAAUAGUCUAGAGAAUUUUAGUGCCUUUUACAUGUAACCAUUUACAGGGCAAUUUUAAAAUUCUUUUUACAUAUAGGUUUCUUCUUUAUUGAUCUAUCCAUGUGUUGAAAAAUGUCUUCAAAUUAUCUAGGACUAACAUAAGCUUAUAUUUUAGAGCAUGCUAUUUCAGUACUCACAUUUCAAGUUCAGUUAUGCAGAGAUGUAGGCAAGAGCUGUGAGAACAGCUCUGAUUUCUUCCUAGGCAAGGCAGAGGGGAGUGGUAGGAGAGGAAGCUGCUCUGCUUUACCUGUGGCCAGCAGUAAGAGGUGUGGGGUAGGUCAGAGCACCUCUGCAUGUUCCUGUUUCCAGCAGUCACCAUAAAGCACCUUCUUGUGAGGAUUUAUUUAAAAUGUUCUGUGCUGAGGGAAUCCGAAAGGUCUUUGCCAGUCAAAGCAGUGCUAUGAUUCUAACCUCACCCAUCAGCAGAGUUUUCAGUCAUUCUUAGGUAUCCACUCAGCCUUAUUGGUGCUAAAAGUCUGGAAGAAUUCCAGUAUGAACAUGCAAUUUGCAUUUAUUGUUUCAGCCCCCUUACCUAUAUGUCUGUUAACCUGGCAUACCUUGGUUAUUCCUUAGGUAUAUAUUACUAUAUUCAUACUUAUUUUGUAGGGGAAUUCUCUGUAGUCCCCCCCUCAUUACUUCCACAAAGUCAUUGCUUCUGUAACUUUCAAGACUGUAAAGAGAGACUUUUAAUUUUUUCUUUGCAAUUCUGAAGCAUUAACUCUUCUGCAGAAUCAUCAAUUUUCAGAGUCAGCUACAGAGGCCUAACUCAGUUCACGUGCUGAAACAAUUUGAAUUUUUUUAAAGUUCUCUAAAAAAGGUAAAUAAUGGUAUUUUUACAUUUUUACAAGCCAUGCUUUUAAUCACAUCAUAAUCAUAAAACUGCCAACCAGAAGCCAUAUACAGGGGUUUAAUAAAAGUAAUUUCAAGCAGCUACAUUGGAUUGCUGAGCUGCAACAGAAACACACUUCACGUAGAAGUGUUGCUUCACAUUUGAUUAUGUUAUGGUGAUGCAAUAAAGACCUUGAAGACAAAAUGGUUUUUUUUUGUAUUGUCUGAGUGGCAUGACUUGUGCAUACAAAUUCCAUGUGAAAUUAUUCUUCCUUAGUUGAAGAAAGACCUGUGCUGCAAAUAGCUGUCAUGGUGUUUUAAAACAUCAUCAUGAUGCUCUCAAUGACUGCAAAGAGGAAAAGGGUUUACAGUGUCUGGAAUUUGCAAUAUAAAAUAUUGCUGCUUUUCACAGCAGGUGCUCAUGCAGCACUUCAGAUCAAUGUCCUCAAUAAAUUCCCAUUUAAAACAAAGCAGAUUUUACCCAUUCCCACUUUAAUAGAUUUUGCUCCCUGUGAAAAGAUGAGGAUGCUUUUUUUCUUUCUCUGCUUUUUUGGGUACUUUUCUGUGUCAUGGAAACACUUCAGCAGCCAAAGCAUCUUGGUUUAGCUGAAAGCACCAGGCAUCCACUGGCUUUUCCCACUGCUGUCACCAAGCAGCUUGGAGAGCCAGUUCACACCACUUUCUAUUUGUGUGGCCUUUUUUAUACCGUUUUUUAUCUUGGAAAGCAGCCAGAGCUGCAAGGUAAAGCACUAUGAAACCCGGAUAAUUUUUAUCACUGGUGAUGGUGGUGAAAGUUUCUUCGGAUAUUUCAAUACUAGAAACUGGGGGAUACUCUGUUGUGCAGUGUUUGUGGACUAAGAAGCUGGGAAAAGGCAGUGUUGUGUAUGAUAAAUAAAAUUCCAGGCACAAAAGGAACUGGGUGUGCUGUUUUGACAGAUGACUGGAUAUGAACCAGCCCAUGGCCAGAUGGCCAGUGACAUCCUGGCUUGUAUCAGCAAUAGUGUG